GUAAUGGCUGAUUCAGAGGUACCCCAGACUCGCUCUCCUGAGCCUCUUACCAUUACAGUUCUCCGAGCUAGAAAUUUGAGAGGAUUGAAAGGAGAAAACCUAAACUCCUUGGUACGGGUUGAAUUUGGUGACAAAGCCCUGGGAGAGACACCCAAAGUGGAAUGCACAGCAGAAGUGGCUGCAGAGUACAACUUCAGCACAACAAUUACAGCAACGUUUGAUGACCCCCUAAGUCUGGACGAGCUGUCUCAUAAACCUAUUCUUUUUACGGUGGUUGAAGUUUUGCCCAAGGAGAAAAAGCAAAAGGAGGAAAAGACCAUCAACUUAGGACAAUGCACUGCAGAUUUACUUCCAUUGAUAAGGGGAGAACUGAAACAUAAGUACACCCUCCCUGUGUAUCCAGUACAGGCUUCUCCCAUGGAAAAUCUGCCUCCUGAACACCCACGGCCUGAAAUAGAUGUUGUAAUCUCCGUGGAGAACCCUCUCCUGACUGAGCAGCAAUUGAGUGAGUGUAACCUGAUGCAGGUGACCAUAGAGUCUCUGUAUUCCCCUCCUGAUGCUUGGCAGUUGACUGGACCCCAGUACAUGUAUCUAGCUGCUAUGCCUAUGCCCCUCACUGCUGAGAAAGAACAACCAAUAGUUUAUGCCAGCGGCACCCUAAAACCAGGGGUUGAGAAAGAACCUCCAAAUAAACAGAAAAAAUGGUUUGUUGGUGGCAACGCUCAGGGUCAGGCGGCUUACAUACCUGACAGCUUUCUGUCUGAAGACCCAGUGGAAGAGGAAGAUGGUGAUUUCCGUGCAAAGACUGAUCGCGAUCAUCGUGAAGUCUCUGAGCAUGACAAGAACAGGGUAACAUGGAACACAGAGAAAAGAUGUUACCUAGAUGCUUCCGGUACAAAAAGCUUGCAAGAGAAGAUAGCCAAGACUCGUUAUUGGCCAUUGGAAGUGAUGAGAAUUCCACUGCCUGCUGGCGGGAAGGGCAAGAAGUUAUCUGCAUAUGGAUUACGCACGGGGUCUGUGGUGAUGACAAGACUUACUUCUUACAAACUUGUGGAAGAAGAGGGCACUAUUUCUUAUCAUGGCAUAGUCUAUGUCAACAUGGCACCACUGCUUUAUCCUGGAGUGAAGCGAAUCCGAGGUGCAUAUAAAGUAUAUGCAUACAGUGACAAUGAAAUGGCAGAAAAGACAAAACGCAGAGGAGGUCUGGCAGAAGAAGCAGCCAAGAUUGCAACUGGAAUGUUAGCUAGAAAUGCAACAUCUCCUUUUCCCAAAAAGGGUGGAAAAGAUGCUGAUAAGAAAGAGCCAGUUAAAAAAGGGAAAAAAGACAAGGAAGAUGAGGCGUCUGCCAUGCUGAAGGCUGCGGACUCUACAUCCCAGUUGGAUGGAGAGGGGCCAGUCAAUGUGGAGGGGCAGCAGUAUGUUGACAGCAAGUCCUAUGUAACAUUGGAGAUUGUGUUACACAGGGCUCUGGUGAGGAGGAGACAGCCCGAGGAGCUGGCCAAAAGGGUAGCAGAAUAUAUUCCACCAAGGCCAUUGUUUCCCAAGAGAACCAAUGGCGCACAGCGGGCUGUUGAAGAUUUCCACAAUCAAAUAGCAAGUGUGUUCAGCAUGGCCCUUGAUGAGUUCAGGGAGAAGUUUGCUGAUGAACUGGGGGACACCUCUGUGACAGCUUCAUUAGAGGACAUGGAGAAACGGAGGCAGAAACUCAUCUUUGACCUGAACUCCAGUGGGAAAUAUUUUGCCUUCAAAGAACAACUGAAGCAUGCAGUUGUGAAAAUUGUUAGGGAGAAGUAUCUGAAAACAACAAGUUUUGCAACUGAUGAAGAACUGCAGGCUUUCCUGAGUGAGCUGUAUGUGUACCUAAUGGACCAGAUGCACAUUGGGCUGAGCAAGGUUUUAUCUCUGGAGGAUAAGACACCUGUUCCAGAACCUCUGGCAACAGAUGCACAGCUCAAACAUUUUGCCCGUGAAGCAGAGGUCAAUGAAAACUUUGAAUUGGCUGCUAAAUAUUACCAAGAGAGAAUUGCAAGAAACAAGGCUGACCCAGAAGCCUGGUUUGACUACGGCACAUUCUGUCUUUAUAUAUCUGAUAUCCCCAAAGCAGAGGAAUGCUUCAAGGAAUGCAUUGCCAUCAACCAGAGACAUUUCAAUGGCCUUAUCUUGUAUGGUGUAGUGUGCGCAAUGGAAGAAAGAAAUGAUGCAGCAGAGACCUUCUUUGAGACAGCCACAAGAAUUGAUCCACACAGCACUUUAGCUUGGACCAUGUUAGGCUUGUUUUAUGAUGGUAUUGGCAAUGACAUUCAAGCUGAGAUGGCUUUCCUUGAGGCACAGAAACAAAAUGUUUACAAUGCCAAGCAGGAACUGCUUGCAUCCCAGCCACCUGUCAAGGAGAGAGAAGAGGCAGGAGAUCACUUUGACACCUCUCCAUCAAAAGAGACCACCAGGCCAGAGAGUCCAGGUAAAACUCUACCUGAAAUCAAGCAGACGCCAGCCACUCCAGCUGCACCAUCUACGUCCAAAACACAAGCACCUGCCAGCAGAAAAAUGUCACUUGGAAAGAAGCCAGUGGGGCCAGGAUCCAUGGGGAGCCGUACCAGCAGCAAGGACAAUGUGAAUUCCAAUCACCCUGGCAGUCGACCCAGUAGUCGCCAUGCUCGUAGUCCAGUCCCCACCCCCCUUCAGACAGAGGAGGAGCCCCCGCGAAUACCGACCCCAGUCCCCAAGAGCAGUAUUUACAUGAAUGCUGUGGAGUGGUUGUUGGAGGCAAAGGCUGCUGUGUUCACUGAGAGAGCCCUUGCUCAUGAGUUGCUGUCCCCGUCAGGAGGUCCCAGUGCUGACUACCACAUCACCCUGGCCAGGCUGCACAUACACAAGAAGGAGUUUCCAGGGGCAAGACUGGCCCUAAAUGAAGCUUUACAAAUAGACCAUGAGAACCCUGAUGCAUGGGCAUUCCUUGGUCACCUGAACUACCUGUCAGGCAACCUGCAGGAGGCUAAGGGCUGCUAUGAGAGAACCCUCUCCUUCAUUGGGGAUCCCUCAGAGAGCCACUCCAUAUACCUAAGACUGGCUUCUAUUUACCUGGAGGAGGGACAGUUCCUUGAAGCCAAGAAGACAUUCCUGAUGGCCUGCAAGAAGUCUGCCUCCUGUGUGUCUUGGCUGGGAGUGGGAAUUGCUUGUUAUAGGCUAGGUGAAUUGUCAGAAAGUGAAGAUGCGUUAUCAGAAGCUAAUAUCUUGAAUAACACAGACCCUGAGGUUUGGGCAUACUUGUCUUUAGUCUGUCUGAAAACAGAGCGUCAGUUGGAGGCGGAACAGGCAUACAAAUAUGCUUUGAAGUUGCAUCUGCAAGAUGAAGACUUGCUGAAUGAACUUCACCAGGUACAACAAGAAGUUGGGUUUGGAAACCCAGAAUUAUAAGCGAUUUAUCAAAAGACUGUGUAUAUGGACAUCUUACUAUUUUUUCAAAGUAUUUGAUGCACCUCAUGUAAUCCGUCCUUAUAUGAAAAUCAUUUUAGAAGAACUGAUGUCAUUAAAACUACAACUUACUUCGAAGCCGUCCAUGUUUAAAGUUUCAUACUGAAGGGGUUCCAUUAUGAUACAGGCAUCAAUUUGAUGUUGUUGAUAGUUGUGAAAUCAAUUUUAUUGAACAAUAUGAAGACAAACAACCAUUCUGUGAUACUUUUAUAUAUUUGUCAAGCCUUGUUUGAAUCAUUUAUUACAUGUUUUGUUAGUACAAAAAAAAGUUAUAUAAAACAUUUAAAUACUACUUUCAGUUUUCUAACCUGUUGACAAUUUGGAGUUGGAAUUUGUUGUAUUGUACAUGUUAGCAUGUAUUUGUAAAUAUAUAGGAAUAAAAUAUGAUUGUCUAUUUGGUAUGUUUUUAAAAUGUUGUUAUUAGGGUGCAUGUUUAACAGUGUUAUGAAAAUGAAAAAGCUAAUAAAAUGGUUAAGAUCAAUAAUGACACUUACAACAUGAUAUAUAUUAUCUAUCAGUAUGUAUCUAAAAGCAAAAUUUCUAAGGUCUAAAAUUAACGUCAAAAUUUACAAAACAAUCUAUGCGUGCAGGUACAACUCAAUUUCUACUGUGACAACAAUGACUUUAUCCUUUUUCUACCUACAAAAAUUACAAAAUUUCCUAAGAUACUUAUAAAAUGCUGAAUCAUAAAUGCCUUUCACAGUGGGAGAUGAUCUUGUACCCUUGGAUCUACUUCUCCUUGUAAAGGUUGAUCUUAAUUCUUUAUGUCACCUAUGUAUUAUGUAGAUCUAAAGUAAAAUGAAUAUUUGAAAAAUUACAUUACACAGAAAUUCACUAAUUUACAAAAUAAAGUUACCUAUAUGUCUUGGGAACAAGCAAAUAAUUGAUUUGUAUAUUUCUGCAACCGAAGAAAAAUUUAUACCACUGACUGAACAAAAAUGGCUACAGAGUUUGUGUCACAUUUUCAAGUCACUGCCAAAUGAAAACUUGCCUGUCUUAUGCUUCCUAAUCUGUAACUCUCUUUGCUUUAUCAACCCAACCAAAAAGAUGUCCGUCUCAGCU